AUGAGCCACCGCGCUCUGCGGGUGCCAGAGAUGACGGCGAUCACGGCCUACGCACACGAAAGGCUGACGGGCAACAAUGUGUCUGAAGCUCGCAAAAGGUUGGAAGCCCAAGAGCUCACUGAAAUGGCAAAGAAAGCCAAAGAAAUGUGCAGAUUUGUCACCACUAUCAUCAAGUGGUCCCCAGCUCAAGCGCCUCCCUCCCUCGAGUUCACAGCCCAGUUUAUUAUUCGUCGUUGCAAAGUGCCAGCCUUGUCGAAGUGCUCUAGUGUGCUUGGUCUCCUCUCCCGACGUGAUGAGGCGGACGCCGUAGCAGGUUUCGCGAGUUCGCUUCCAGCACUACUUAUCCCAAUACGCACCCUACACGGAAUCAGUGCUUUUGGUCCCCAGUUUUGUGUUUACACCUACGACACGGCCACUCCAAGCUUAGCCCCUUCUGUGAUUGCGCGCGACCGCACUAUAAUCGCGUCUCAGGCUCGAUGGCGGUACAAGCGAAGUUAA